CCAUCCUCGUCCACAAAACUAGCUGUCACAUCCCCUUGUGGAAUCAAAACUAGCUGGACCUCACAAUAACUUGGUCCUCACACCUACCUGGACUUCACCGCUACCUGGUCCUCACACCUGCCUGGACCUCACACCUACCUGUUCUCAGAGCCACCUGUUCUCAGAGCCACCCAUUCAGCUGGACUACCUGACCUGCACCCUCAACAAAAGGGACUCUGUGAUACUCCUACCUUACCCGACAGUUCCGUGACAUGCCGUUGUAAAAACACCUAAAAAACAUGAGCGAAGACGGGAAAUCAUUCUCUGAUAGUCUCCAAUUGGAAGACUCUGAGAGAGGGGGCGUGGUCAUCAAGGGACUCGCCGACACCAGCAUCUCCGCCAGCAGUGGACUGAAAGAGGGCGAUGAGAUCGUUGGAGCAACCGUUCACCUGGACCACCUGAGCAAACAGGACGUCCUGAAGAUCCUGAAGGUGUUGGAGCCGUACGACGAAAACAUGACGGUGUUGACCAAAUCUGACCUGAGUGCUGGCAUCGACCCAGGGUCCCUGAGUGGCCCAGGCAAGAUGCUUACUACCAGUUACAAGCAGAAGAAGAUGCCGUCCCUUGAGGCCCAAGGCGAGGCACCAGCUCUUAAUCUUACCGGCCUGAAUACCAAGUUAAACUCUGCCAUUGGUCUGGAUGGGGACAUUAAUGGAGAACUGCCCAAUCUUAACCUAAACAAACCCUCUGCAGAUGGUAGUGGCACCUUCAGGAUUGCAGAUACAGGACUGCCAGGACUUGACUUAAAUGGAGCAGGUUUUGGCAACUCUAUCAGUGCCCCCUCUGCUGAACUGUCCUCACCCAAUGCCACACUAGGACUUAAAAAAACAGGAGUUAAGGGGGGCAACUUCACAGCCCCAAAUUUGAGAUGCCAAACUUUAAUCUGCCCAACAUCGGUGGCACGGGAGCAACAGGAGGGAUUAAUCUUGGGAAGAUGAAUGCUGAUUUGGACACUCCUGCUGUAAAUUUUCCAACUGCAGGUGUCAAUCUGUCGGCACCCACAAUAGAUGCUAAAACCGCAGAUCUGAAUUUGAAUGGCCCAGAUGUCAAUUUGAACGGCCCAGAUGUUAACUUGGCUGCCCCAAAUGUGGACAUGGAUGCUUCAACUGGAAAAAUUAAGUUGCCACAUCAGAAAUGGAAGGGUCCUAAGGUUAACCCUGACCUGAGUCUCUCAACACCAAAGCUUGACGGAGACCUGUCAACACCAGAAGUAGGCCUUGACCUUCCAAAAGCUAACCUUGAUGGCCCCAAUUUGGAUGUUGACGCUCCGAAAAUCAACUGGCCUCACUUAAAUUGGAAAAAACCAAAGCUUGAUCUCAAGGGUCCAAAAGCUGACAUGGACGUUAAUGCUGACCUGAAAACUCCAGAUCUCAACCUCUCUCCACCAGGAAUGAGCGGGGGGAUAAGCACACCAAAUUUGGCUUUGGAUGUACCGAAUGCUGAACUCGAAGGGACAGACUUCGACAUCAAUGCUCCAUCAGGGAAGAUCAACUGGCCUCAUAAGAAGUGGAAGAAACCCAAACUCGAUGCAGACCUCAAUACACCAGAUGUCAAUGCACCAGAUAUGUCUUUGAAUCUUCCCAAAGCUGACAUCAAUGGUCCCAAUAUCGAUGUUUCUGCCCCAGAUCUUGAUGUUGCCUCAUCACAAAAGAUCCAUUGGCCUCAUUUGAAGUGGAAGAAACCAAAAGUUGAUGCAGACCUUCACACACCAGACAUUGAUGUAUCCACUCCAAGUCUUGAUGGAGAUCUCACUGGACCUGAUGUUGAUCUGCCUGCUGCAUCUGGAAAGAAUAAGUUCCUAACUCUCAAAAGGCCUAAGAACUGGCUUAUUGGGUCCAAACUAAAUGCUCCGGAUUUGGAUCUUAAUGCAGAUGUGAAUUCUCCUGCCCUUGAUCUCACCACUCCUAAGGUUUCAGGAUCACUUGAUGGACCUAAUAUGGAUUUGUCUGCACCGAAUAUGGAUAUUGACGCUCCUUCUGGAAAGGUUAAGUGGACCACUCUUAAAAAGCCAAAGUGGCUCAAGUCGUCAAGCUUAGAUCUCCAAACACCUGAUGUGGAUGUGAAAGGCGCAGAUAUUAAUCUUGCUGCACCAGCACUAGAUGAGGGUCUUGAUACGCCUGAUUUCGGUAUCACCAUGCCUAAUGCUGACCUCAAAGGCCCAGCCGUUGAUCUUAAUGCUCCUGGGGUUGACAUUGACAGCCCCUCUUCUAAGCUUAAACUCCCCAAAUUCCAGAUGCCAAAAUUUAAAGCCCCAAAAUUAAAAGGACCAGACAUUGAUGCAAGUGCCGAUUUACCCAAUUUGGAUCUCAAAUCACCGAAUUUGGAACUCAAGUCACCUGACCUGUCAACGCCUGAAAUUAAAGGAGGCAUCAAUGCUCCAAGUCUAGACAUUGACAUGCCAAAAGCUGACAUUAAGGCUGAUGCUUCCUCCCGAGCAUACAAAUUCCCAUCUUUAAAGAUGCCAAGUUGGAGCUCAUCUAAACCAAAUGUAAAAGGACCAGAACUAGAUGGAUAUCUUGACAAAAAUGUUGACCUUUCAAUUCCCGGUCUGGACGCGAAUCUUCCCAAAGCAGACUUGAGUGCACCAAAUUUGAACCUUUCUACCCCAAAGAUUGAUGGAGGUCUAUCCUCCCCAGAUUUUGACCUCAAUUUGCCAAAAGCUGAAAUCAAUGGACCUGAUCUGGAUGCUGAUCUGGACACAUCUGGAAAAUUCAAGUUGCCCAAGAUGAAAUUACCUACAUUUGGUUUUUCCAAGCCUAAAGUGGAGGGGCCAGAUCUAGAUGCUGACAUUGAUGUCAAUUUACCAAAAGCAGAUAUACAGGGAUCUGGAGCAAACCUCAAUCUCUCUGCUCCAGAUGUCAAGGGAAAUCUAUCUACUCCAGAUCUGGACCUGAAUUUGCCAAAAGCUGACCUCAAUGGACCGGAUCUAGAUGCUGAUCUUGACACAUCUGGAAAAUUCAAGUUGCCCAAGAUGAAAUUACCUACAUUUGGUUUUUCUAAGCCUAAAGUGGAGGGACCAGAUCUGGAUGCUGACAUUGAUGUCAAUUUACCAAAAGCAGAUAUGCAGGGAUCUGGAGCAAACCUCAAUCUCUCUGCUCCAGAUGUCAAGGGAAAUCUAUCUACUCCAGAUCUUGAUCUGAAUUUGCCAAAAGCUGACCUAAAAGGACCUGAUGUAGAUGCUGAUCUUGACGCAUCUGGGAAAUUCAAGUUGCCCAAGAUGAAAUUACCUACAUUUGGUUUUUCUAAACCUAAAGUUGAGGGACCAGAUCUGGAUGCUGACAUUGAUGUAAAUUUACCAAAAGCAGAUAUACAGGGAUCUGGAGCAAACCUCAAUCUCUCUGCUCCAGAUGUCAAGGGAAAUCUAUCUACUCCAGAUCUGGACCUGAAUUUGCCAAAAGCUGACCUCAAUGGACCGGAUCUAGAUGCUGAUCUUGACACAUCUGGGAAAUUCAAGUUGCCCAAGAUGAAAUUACCUACAUUUGGUUUUUCCAAGCCUAAAAUGGAGGGACCAGAUCUGGAUGCUGACAUUGAUGUCAAUUUACCAAAAGCAGAUAUACAGGGAUCUGGAGCAAACCUCAAUCUCUCUGCCCCAGAUGUCAAGGGAAAUCUAUCUACUCCAGACCUGGAUGUGAAUUUUCCAAAAGCUGAAAUCAAUGGACCUGAUGUAGAUGCUGAUCUUGACACAUCUGGGAAAUUCAAGUUGCCCAAGAUGAAAUUACCUACAUUUGGUUUUUCUAAGCCUAAAGUGGAGGGGCCAGAGCUGGAUGCUGACAUUGAUGUGCCAAAUGCCAAUGUUUCUGCUCCAAAUCUUGAUGUCGAUUUACCAAAAGCUGAUAUCCAGGCACCUGCUCUUAAGUUAUCAGGAAAUGCCCCAGAUGCAAAUGUUGAUGCAACUACUGGUGAAUACAAAAUGCCUCAUUUUAAUCUCCCCAGUUUAGGCCUAACCAGUCCUAAAGUUGAUGGUCCCACAGCUGAUAUUGGUACACCAGAUCUUAGUAUUACAGGCCCUUCCGCUGACAGUAAACUAGAUUUGUCCAAGUUAAAAAUAGGUACCCAGGCAGCAAGUGGCAACCUCUCAGAACCCAGUAUGAAUGUAAAUGGAGGAGUGGACUUAAAUGCUGCAAGUAUCAACACUGGUAAAGGAACAUUAAAAAUGCCACAUUUCAAGCUACCCAAGUUUGGCUUUUCGGGGCAUGGAUCAAAAGCACCAGAUGUUGAUGUGAACGCAGAUCUGGACAUGUCAGCUGAUGUGAAGCCCAACCUCAACCUGGGGGUUGAGGGAAAUGCUGAUGCUGAAGAUUCCCCCAAAAGUAAGAUAAGGUGGCCAUUUCACUGGGGGCGGAAGGUUGAUUCUGCAUCUGGUAGUGGAACAGAAGAGGGCAGUGACAGUGGAACAGAUGGUGAGGUGGAUGUUCCAGCAUUCACAUUCCACAAGCUACCCAAGAGCAAUAUUACUGCCGACCUUUUUUUGGACGAUAGCUUAGGUCCACCAAAGUCUGAAGGAAGUCUUAACAAAAGCGAACAGGAAUUUGUUUUUAGCAAGGGAAUACGCCUGGUGAAACCUAAUACACAGUCAAACACGGGGGAAAAGAUUGAUAUUAUGGAGCGGUUGAAACUAGCAAGGGAGAAACCUGUGACUGUUAACACGUCACCUACUGAGGCCAAAGUGGGUGCACUCUUUGCUUCAGCAUCAAAUGAUUCCUCACUGGCCAGAGGAGGAACAUUCAAAGUUAACACACCUGAUUUAGGAUUAGGCUUAGACCAUCCAGUAGUUGGAUCGUCAGGAAAUGAUAAAUUGUCAUUAAGUCUUUCCAAUAUGCUUGGCCUGAAUGUUAAAGACGCAGAUACUGAUUAAACAUGCUUCUCAAACCCUGUAUAGGCAGCAUCAACAAUAUAUCUAUGUAAAUAAUUAACUGAAACCUAAUACAUGAAGAUUUCUUGCGUUUGCUUAAGAUAUCAUAGGUCUGACACACAAAAGUCCAACCAAAUGGAACACAAUUGCUGUGUAUAAUUCAAAUUCCAGAGAGAGAGAAUUAUGUAAAAAAAAAAGUUUAACUAUAUUGCAGUUACCUGCUAGUGAAAGCACCAGAAGUUCGAGUUUUUUAUCUCGUCUCUGUAGGAGGACAAAAUAUCAGAAAUUGCAUACACUGAAACAAUUUAAAUCAGCUUUAUCCGAAUAUUGUCUGAGAAUAUCUAUAAUUGCCUCAGUAUUUUAUAUGGAACAAUGCCUUAAUAUGAAAAGCAGGCUACAAUUUUACUUUUUUUUUGACUAUGGAAUUGUAUAAAUCUGUUAAAUUUUUGUUCAAUAAAUACAUUUUAAUGCA